AAAAACACCAAAAAACCAGAAGAAUAUCUAUAAGGAAUUUAUCAAAAAAUACUAAAGAAACAGAAAGAAAUUCACAAGAAAAUUCUCUCUCUAAAAAAAUUCCAAAGGACCAGAAGGAUAUUCACAAAGAAUUUACCAAAAAUAUGCCAAAGGAUCAAAGGAAAAUCCACAAGAAAAUUUUCCAAAAAAAAUACCAAAAUAUUAGAGUAAAAUUCACAAGGAAUUCACCAGAAAAAUACUAA